GCUUCUGAGCAGAGAAAACAGAAAAGGUGCAGAGAACAGCCUUUUUAAAAAGAAAAUUGUCAUUCCCUACACACUCGUCUGUGAAUUAAAUUCCUUCCCUGAUUAGAUUUAAAAGAUGACAUUUUGUUGGUGGUGUUAAUAAUAGCAGGAGAGAGCUUUGAUUACAGAGCAUGGAAACAGAAAUAACAUGGAAGUACAAGGGACGAAGGAGCAACCGAGAUUAAUGGCUGGGGGGGCAGAAUGGGGAAGCCGGGUGCUCAUGUGAGAGGCAGAAGGGCUCUUAAGCUGCCACACGUGACAGUUGCUUGAAGUCAACUCAAAAGUCAACAUUUUUUGAAACAAUCGACACUGCAGAAGCUGUGCAAGCUGCUUUUUGCCUCCUGUACGUUGUUUCGCUUGCACCUGCCGCAUGCAAUGCAACUGGCUAGAGCAGCAGGCAGAAGCAGCGGCAGCAGAAGCAGCAGCAGCACUUGAAACACUUCCACUGAGAAUAGUUGGGCAGGCAAGAUAUCGGCAGCACUGGCGUGUCUUGCGCAAGGCGUGUAUUCUUCAGCAGAUGCCGUGGAACUUGGUGGUGGAGCUGAGCGGCCGAAGCUGAUGGGGCUGGUGACUUUCCCACGAGAGUCGAAGGGCAAUAGGAAAGCAACAAAUCAUCUAGAAGACCUAACCAAAUAUCCAGAGAGGAGGCGUUUUCAUGCAUAAGAAUUAGGGGGGAAAGGGCCUUUUGAAGAGCCUCCAUAAUGGACAAAAUGUAGUCUUUUGGGAGAUGCAGUCAUUAUUUUUGUCCCCCAUUUGCGGAGAUAAAAAGGGAGCCGGCGAGGAACAUCCAAGGCAAUUCUUUGGGGGCUUUUUUGUCAUUGUUCUCAUCUUCUGUUCAUGCACUGUUAUUUGCUGACCUUUCCCAGUGGAAUCUGUGCCCCCCCCUGCCCAUUCGCUCCACCCCAUGCAGUUCAAGCUGAGAAGAAGUGCCGAUCUCCCCAAACCGUGCCACAAAACUCCUGCAAGACACCUUGAAAAGACGAUAUACCUUUAUGUUGAAAUUCUUUUGUCAUGAGGACAUUGCCUUGUUCCCGCCUGGCAGGAAAUAAAAUUAAAAGCUCAAGGAGAAGGAACCAGCAAGACGGAAAGGGAACCAUCUGAGAACGACAAGCUAAGAAGAGACUGCAACACCUUGGUUUAUUUUAAAGCGCUCAGUGGCUAAAAUCUACCGACAGGGUUGCAGUUUGGGAAGUUCAAAAGGGAAAUGCCGCUCAAAAUAGUAAAUAAGUAUGAUUGAUAGCAGCUUGUCAUACAGAAGCGGGUUUUAACAUAUGCCUUCGGGUUGCAAGAACGCCUCAGGCCUGUAUGAUGCCUGAAGACAGGACCACGGGGGUCCGUGCCUCGGGUGCCUUAGCAUCAUCCCCCUUUGUUCCCAAAACUACCUACAGGAGAAUUAAGCGGUGUUUUAGCUUCCGCAAAGGUAUUUUUGGGCAGAAGCUGGAAGACACCGUCCGAUAUGAGAAAAGGUACGGAAACCACUUGGCUCCGCUGCUGGUAGAGCAGUGUGUGGAUUUUAUUCGGCUGCGUGGGCUGAAGGAGGAAGGGCUGUUCCGACUGCCGGGUCAAGCCAACCUUGUGAAAGAACUGCAGGAUGCUUUUGAUUGUGGAGAGAAGCCGCUGUUUGACAGAAACACAGACGUACACACAGUGGCAUCGCUUUUGAAACUGUACCUCAGAGAGCUCCCAGAGCCAGUUAUCCCAUAUUCCAAGUAUGAAGAUUUUCUUUCUUGUGCCAAACUACUCAGCAAGGAGGAGGAAACGGGGCUGAAUGAAUUAGUGAAACAAGUGAAGAGUUUGCCGGUGGUCAACUACAACUUAUUGAAGUAUAUCUGCAGAUUCCUGGAUGAAGUCCAGUCCUACUCUGGUGUCAACAAAAUGAGUGUGCAAAACCUUGCUACUGUGUUUGGUCCCAACAUCCUGCGUCCAAAAGUGGAAGAUCCUCUGACCAUCAUGGAAGGUACUGUUGUCGUCCAGCAGUUGAUGUCAAUGCUGAUAAGCGAACAUGAAUUGCUGUUUCCCAAGGAUGCAGACCUCCAAAGCGGGCAGGAGGUGUGUAACAACAACAACGAGGUCCAAAAGAAAGUCAUCAUUGGCCAGCUCCAAAACAAAGAGAAUAACAACACAAAGGAUUCACCUGUAAGACACUGCUCUUGGGAUAAACCCGAGUCUCCUCAAAGAACCAUCGUGGACAAUGGGUCUCCUACUGCACAGCCUGGGAGCAAGUCAAACAGCCCUAGGAACAGUGUUCACAAAUUGGAUGUCACCAGAAGUCCACCCCUCAUGGUGAAAAAAAAUCCAGCAUUUAAUAAAGGCAGUGGCAUAGUCACCAAUGGGUCCUUCAGCAGCUCCGUGGAGGGUCAAGAGAAAACAUCACCAUCCCUACCCAAUGGUACCUUGCAGACCAGAAGAACCUCUUCACUGAAAGGGCCAGUAACCAAAAUGGGUACCCAUAGUGUACAAAAUGGAGGUGUGCGAAUGGGCAUUUCCAGCACUGACACCCAUAGCAACUCUCUGAACAGCCGCAACCAAGGCUGGAUGCCCAAUGGGUAUGUGACAUUGAGGGACAGCAAGCAAAAGGAGCCCGUCAGUGAUUCGGGCCAGCACAACAGACUCUCUACUUACGACAAUGUACACCAGCAGUUCUCCUUGGUGAAUGCUGAAGAUAAGCAGAGCGUCGACAGUGCCACUUGGUCCACCUCCUCGUGCGAAAUAUCCCUCCCUGAACAUUCCAACUCUUGCCGGUCCUCUACCACCACCUGCCCCGAACAAGACUUUUACGGGACCAAUUUUGAAGACCCUGUCUUAGACGAACCCCAACGCGAAGAGCUCUCCACCCAAGGAGAUUACGAGAGCAAAGGUGACCGAAGGAGUGUCGGAGGGCGCAGCAGCCGGGCCACCAGCAGCAGUGACAACAGUGAGACAUUUGUUGUCAACAACACAAGCAAUCACAGCGCUUUGCAUAGCCUUGUAUCGAGCUUAAAGCAAGAAAUGGCCAAACAAAAGCUGGAGUAUGAAACAAGGAUAAAAAGUCUUGAACAGAGGAAUAUUUCCCUGGAAACAGAAAUGAUGAGCCUGCACGACGAACUGGAACAAGAGAAGAAAAAGUUUACAAUGGUAGAAAUAAAAAUGCGCAAUGCCGAGCGGGCCAAAGAAGAUGCCGAGAAGAGGAACGACAUGCUACAGAAGGAGAUGGAGCAGUUCUUCUCAACGUUUGGGGAACUGACGGUAGAGCCACGUCGGCCAGAAAGAGGCAACACCAUAUGGAUCCAAUGAGCACAGCUGACCAAGACUGUGGGAUUCUGGGGAAAGGGUGGUUAAGAUAUUACACUGUAACAGGUGACUGGUCACCUGACUGAGGCUAGCACUCAACAUGAUGUCGUCAACCAUGCCCAUGUCCACCAACCGCAUUUGCCGUGUGUCCUUUUUAAAUUGACAAAUCAUAUUCUUUGAAUGCGUCAUAAUGCUACUGUUAACUAGUGUUAUACCUGGAUUUGUGUAUAUAGAUUUUACAUAGGUCAUCCUGAGGGAAAGCAUAGAAAGAGAUUAGAAGAAAAAAAUAUUUUAAAGGCAAGUCUUAUAUUUAAACUGACACGUCAUUGCAAUCGAGCUUUAUAUUGAGGCUUUUCUCCCUUGCACUUACUUAACAUAAUAAGCUAUUUUUGGCAUUGUGUUACCAUCGGCUUAUUUUGUAUAUUAAUUUUCUUUUGGUUGCCCCCGUUGCUGGGGAAUUAAGAUAAAUAUAUAUAAUGUUAGCUAUUAAAACAAACAAAAAGAUAGUGUGACCGUGCUGUUUGUGCCAAUAGAUUUGCCCAUGACCAAAAAAACAACAAAAAGUGUAAAUAAUUUUAUAAAAAUAUAAC